AUGGCGCUGGACCUGCGGCGCCUGGAGGCGCUGAGCCUACAGGAGCUCAGCGCGCUGCUGGACGACGAGGACCAGCUCCAGGAUAUGGCCCGCGAGAUGGAAGAGGCUCAAAAUGUUCAGCACAGCAAGGACAUGACUCUUGCCAGCAACCGCAGUCUGGCAGAAGGAAAUCUCCUGUACCAGCCAAAGUUGGAGUCUCUGAAAUCAAAUUUGACUGAGAAAUAUCAGGAGCUGCAAGUUCUUUUUGAAGCAUAUCAGAUAAAGAAAACAAAACUAGACAGACAAUCCAGUAAUGCUUCCCUGGAGACCCUGCUGGCACUGCUGCAGGCUGAGGGGGCGAAGAUUGAGGAAGACACAGAGAAUAUGGCAGAAAAGUUCCUUGAUGGUGAAAUACCACUGGAUUCCUUCAUCGACGAGUACCAGAGCAAGCGGAAACUGGCUCACCUGCGGCGGGUGAAGAUCGAGAAGCUGCAGGAAAUGGUGCUGAAGGGACAGAGACUCGCUCAGGCUCCGCCGCCGGCGCAGCCGAGGCCGCCCGAGCCCACGCCCGCCCCUGCAGAUCCCUACAAGGCGGAUGCAAACCCUCCUCCCUCGGUGGUGCCCCGGCGGAUCCCGCCUCCCCCGCCUCCCUCAGGCCCAGCAGGACGAUUCCCCACUCCCUUCACUGCAGCCAUGAGCUCAGGACCAGCUCUUUCUUACCCAGGUGCUCCCUACCCUCCUCUCCCACCUCGGCCGGGAGGAGCUCAGCCCACGAGUCAGAUGCCACAGCCGGGAUACCCAGCCCAGUGUGUGCCACCCUACCCUCCACCUCUUCCCCAGAGACCACCUCGCCUUCCACCACAUCCUGGCUUUAUCCUCCAGUAAAUGUUUGGGUUGGCCUGACUUACUUAUUGGUGCUUAUAUUUCCUUUUCCCCCAUCAGAGACUUGCUGUAGGCAAUGGGAAGCCUCUGUUCUUUGCACAAUGGAGCACAAAGGCCGAGCUGUGGCACAGAGGUUUGCAAUUGCUUUGCUAAAUGUGGUGAUGUUUGUUUGCAAAGGUCAGUGAUGACAAGGUUUUCCUAGGAAGGUGAUAAAGUCUAAAUUCUGUAAAUCCAUCAGGUUGGGAAGGCACUGGCAGUGGAUUUGUUACAAACCAAGUCAUGCUUUGAAUUCCUUAGUGAUGGCAAAUCGGCAUCCUCCUGUGUUCUGAUGUAUUCCCAUGGCAGCUGGGUGUGUGUGUGACAAGCUGGGAGCUGGUUGUCUCUCUGAGGAAUUCUGUGUCCGUGACACUGUUGGGAUGGUAACAACCAUA